UCCUGGUGGGACCUUCGGACGGGCUCCCUCCGCCGCGCGCCCCUGGGAGGCCCCCGCCCUCUGCACGCCCGGCCGGGGCGGAGCCCUCGGGAAAGUUCCGCGCAGAGCGUUUGGAGACGUGCAGCGGAGAGGCGGCCGUCCCUGAGCGCGACCCCCGGCUGCGACAUCCUGCUGCCCCGGCUAUUGAGGUGAGCAAGCAGGGCGCCGCGAGUGCCACGGCCGGAGCGCGGGGUCGGGGGCGCAGGGCAGGAGGCGCCCUCCCUGCCGACCCGCACUAUCCCAGCGGAAUCGCCCGCGCCCUUAGCCCUCCUCGAGCCCCAGGGCGGCCAGAGGAAUGCCAGUGCCAGGGGAGGCCGGGGGACGCGAUCCGCGCAGGUGGCGGCACCGAGGGACCGAGGGAGGACCGGGAAGCCGCAGGGUCUGCCCGGGCAUCGGCUGGAGGGACGGUUUCGAGUUUAUCCUCAUCGUUGUCAACCCUGGAGGAGCGGAGGGAGAAGCCUGGAGCCGGACGAGCUUCUUGCCCACAGAUGCCCCGUCUGUGUCCAAAGGAGCAUCACGCCCCAGCCCGGAGCCCCGUGUGAGGCAGCAGAGAUGGCACUGAGCCCGGAGCCGGCGAGCAGAUUCCCCGAGCUGGCUACAGCAGGCAGCACUGUGCCUGAGCUGCCUGGUGGCCCCAAUGCAUCCCUCAACAGUUCGUGGGCCAGCCCGACAGCGCCCAGCUCCCUAGAGGACCUGGUGGCCACAGGUGCCAUCGGGGUGGUGCUCUCGGCCAUGGGCUUGGUGGGCGUGGCAGGCAACGUGUACACGCUGGUGGUUAUGUUCCGCUUCCUGCACGCCUCGGCCCCCAUGUACAUCUACGUGGUCAACCUGGCGCUGGCCGACCUGCUUUACCUGCUCAGCAUCCCCUUCAUCGUGGCUACUUACGUGACCAAGGAGUGGCACUUUGGCGACGUGGGCUGCCGCAUCCUCUUCAGCCUGGACUUCCUGACCAUGCACGCCAGCAUCUUCACCCUGACCGUCAUGAGCAGCGAGCGCUACGCCGCCGUGCUGAGGCCGCUGGACACGGUGCAGCGCUCCAAGGGCUACCGCAAGGUCCUAGCGCUGGGCACGUGGUUGCUGGCGCUGCUGCUGGCACUGCCCAUGAUGCUGGCCAUCCGGCUUGUCCACAGGGGCCACAAGAGCCUCUGCCUGCCGGCCUGGGGCCAGCAUGCCCACCGCGCCUACCUGACGCUGCUCUUCGGGACCAGCAUUGUGGGGCCCGGCGUGGUCAUCGGGCUGCUCUACGUCCGCCUGGCCCGGGCCUACUGGCUGUCUCAGCGGGCCUCCUUCACGCAGACGCGGCGGCUGCCCAACCCCAGGGUGCUCUACCUCAUCCUGGGCAUCGUGCUGCUCUUCUGGGCCUGCUUCCUGCCCUUCUGGCUGUGGCAGCUCCUGUCCCAGUACCGCGCAGCCCAGCUGCUCACGCCCCGCACCGCCCGCAUCGUCAACUACCUGACCACCUGCCUCACCUACGGCAACAGCUGCGUCAACCCCUUCCUCUACACGCUGCUCACCAAGAACUACCGUGACUUCCGCCUGCGCUCGCUCCAGGCCAGGGGCGCCUGUGGGCCCUCGGGCGCCGGCAGCUUCCCACAGUGCCGAGUCCGCUUCCAGCGCGGCUCAGGCCGCUCCUUGUCCUCCACCAGCCAGCAGGCCACCGAGACCGUCAUGCUGUCCCAGGCAGCUCCCAGGGGCGUCUGUGCCUGAGUGACCUUGGGCCCCACAUGGCACUGGGGUCAGUGGGGUAGGGGGUGGCUGGAGGCCUGCUGGGAGAGGUCCCAGAGCCCAGGUCACUGCCUGGAGCCCCUCCCAGCCCCCCACUGCCCCCGGCUGACUGCCCCACUUCCUUAGUCCUCUUCUGGAAAGUUCCCUGUUCUCCCUUCUCCGUGGCUUAUUUCAGCUCCAUCAGCCGCCUUCCUCAUAAUGCCCAGAAGCCCCACUCCCAGCCCGUCCCUGAGGGUCAACAGGAGCCUCAGGCCCAGAACCAGCUUCUGAAGACCAUGGUGAGUAAGGUCUUCACCACCCAUAGCAGUGGACGUGAGCGCCCAGGCAGUGCCCACCCUGACUCGUGGCGGGUACACAAGCUGCCUGCACAGGACCCCCCCUCUUCUGGCCAGUGCUCAGCCCUUGUGU